GCUUCACUUUAUUCUCCUCCAAUUGGCAAUGCCCAUGACCCGAAUCCAAUUCUUCCCAAUCCAAUCUUUAUUAUCAUCUACUAGACUACACAUGGACAUGAUGAGCUCUGUUUUGCUUCUCUCUGUUUCUCAUCAAUCUCAGCUCUAACUUUGUUUUCCCUCUUCAGUGUUUUCCAUACCAAUCCUUCUCUUUCCUCUUUGCUCUUCUUCGAUUUAAGUAAGCGAUGGGUUUGAUGAUAUCGCGGCUGCUGAAGGCGAUGUUUGCAAAGAGGGAAAUGAGAAUUUUGAUGGUGGGACUUGAUGCUGCCGGGAAAACAACCAUACUGUACAAGCUGAAGCUUGGGGAAGUUGUUACUACUAUCCCAACCAUUGGUUUCAAUGUGGAAACAGUUGAAUACAAAAAUGUUAGCUUCACUGUGUGGGACGUAGGAGGACAAGAUAAGAUUCGACCUCUAUGGCGACACUACUUCCAAAACACCCAAGGUCUUAUUUUUGUGGUGGAUAGUAAUGAUAGGGAAAGAAUUUUAGAAGCCAGAGAUGAACUUCAUCGGAUGCUUAGUGAGGAUGAGUUACGCGAGGCGACAUUGCUUGUAUUUGCCAAUAAGCAAGACCUUCCCAAUGCAAUGACUGUUUCUGAAAUCACCGAUAAACUUGGCCUCCAUGCACUUCGUGGCCACCGCUGGUACAUCCAAAGUGCUUGUGCCACAUCUGCACAAGGACUAUACGAAGGUCUUGAUUGGUUGUCCAGUACCAUCACAAGCGGCAAGACAUAAGUCAGGCGGGAUAAAAAGCUGUGAUCAAACCUCUGGAUUUCUUCUGUGAAGCCAUUCACAGAGCCAUGCCAACUAAAAGUAUGAAACAUUUUUACAUGUGAAAAGCCAGCAACAUGCAGCUAGCUAGUAUGUAAUGCGUUUACAUUAAAUAUACAUAUGCAAUAUAUAGUUUUGGGUGCUAGACUUAUAGUCUAUAAAAGGAAAUAUGAUCUGAAGAAUAGUCUAAAGCAGUUGUCAUGACUUCCAAUAACAGCUGUUGCAUAGUCUAAAGCAGGCCCCAUCAAUAAACAAGUAGAGUGAGUGUAUGAUAGCUA